AUGGCUGACGAUCAAGACUCACCCCAUGUCCAAGAUAAUGAAGAAACUUAUUUGGACGAAGAAGAAGAUGCAAAUAAGCCAACAAUUAUCUAUAAAUUGGAGGAGGUACCUUCCAUACUUGUUACUAUUGGGCUCGGUUUGCAGCAUUACUUAACCAUGUUUGGCUCCACUGUUUCAAUUCCAUUCGUUUUGGCUGCGCCUCUGUGUAUUGGAAAUAAUCCUCUGGCAAUUAGUGAUUUGAUCUCUACAAUUUUUUUCGUUUCCGGGAUUAGCACUCUCUUACAAUCGGUAUUUGGUAUCAGAUUGCCAAUUGUCCAAGGAGGAACUUUUGCUUUAGUAACUCCAACCAUUGCCAUAAUGAGCCUUGAUAAAUGGAAAUUAUCAUGUAGUCCUAAUGUGGUUCCAUUUGACAACCUUACCGUAGCACAACAAGCUAUUCAAACUGAGAUGUGGCAAUCAAGGAUGAGAGAAAUUCAAGGCUCAAUCAUAAUAUCAUCAUUUUUUCAAGUCGUAAUUGGUUUUACUGGAUUAAUGGGCUUGUGCUUGAGAUUUAUUGGACCUUUGACUAUAGCUCCAACUAUCGCUUUAGUUGGGCUAGCUUUAAUCGACGCUGCAAAAUUUUAUGCAUUUUUCGUCUUAAUCACAUCAUUAUGGGCUGAUUUGUUACCUGAUCAGAUUUAUAUAUUUUGGAUUACGGCCUUAAAAUCAAUCGCCUCACACUGGGGUAUGGCGAUUUUGACGAUUACUUUGAUUGUUCUAUUCUCGCAAUAUUUGGAGAGAUUUGCAAUUCCACUCCCGGUCUACAACAAAGAAAAGAAAUGCCACAUUGGAUGGAUUCAUGUAUUCCGACUAUUUCCUGUAUUGCUUGCGAUCAUUGUUGCUUGGUGCAUUUCAGCCAUUAUUACAGCUGCCGGUGGGUUUCCUGAUGAUCAAAAUGCACCUGCCUACAGGGCAAGAACAGAUGCGAGAGGAUCAGUUUUAAUAAAUUCUCCCUGGAUUCGUUUUCCUUAUCCGUUUCAAUGGGGGCUACCUACUGUAUCUGUUGCUGGGGUAUUUGGAAUGCUUGCUGGUGUUUUAGCUUCCAUGAUUGAAUCACUAGGUGAUUAUUAUGCAUGUGCUAGGCUUGCUGGUACUCGACCGCCGCCACAGCAUGCUGUAAACCGUGGCAUCGCCAUCGAAGGCAUAGGUAGUAUCUUAGCUGGUAUGAUCGGGUCGGGAAAUGGAACAACUUCUUACAGUGAAAAUGUCGGCGCUAUCGGUAUUACUAAGGUAGCAAGUCGCGCUGUUGUUCAAUGUGGAGCUAUCUUGAUGAUUAUAUUGGGUAUUUUGAGCAAAUUUGGAGCAUUAUUUUCAACUAUUCCAGAUCCUGUUAUUGGCGGUGUAUUUAUUGUCAUGUUUGGCAUGAUCACUGCGGUUGGAUUGUCCAAUUUACAGUUUUGCAAUAUGAAUUCUUCUCGCAAUAUCUUCAUUACCGGUUUUUCGAUCAUCUUCGGCUUGGUCUUUCCAAGUUGGCUUGCAACGGGCAAUAAUGCCGAAUCUAUUGAUACUACCGUUCCAGAAUUAAAUCAAAUCAUUGUCGUUUUACUUAGCACCAGUAUGGCCGUGGGUGGAAUAUUGGCAUUUAUACUGGAUAAUACUAUACCAGGAACGUUAGAAGAGCGUGGCAUGCAUGUAUGGCUUAAAGAAGCGGGUAGUAAUUCUGCCCGCGAUAAACGUAUCCAAGCAGAAAUACGCAGGGUGUACGAUCUGCCAUUUGGUUUAACUAAAUUUUUUCAUAAGGCUUCUUGCACAAGAUAUUUACCAUUUUGUCCUCCUCGCCAUGAAGAUGAUGAUGUUCAUGUUGCAGUUGGCAAAAAUGCCGACAUGGAAGCGGGAGCAGUUGGUGAUGAUCAAUUGUAA